UUAAAUAGGAUCGUCGUGUGAUUGAUGAGUGGAGAGCUAUUCACUUCUGUCGUCAAAUGUGGAGCUGCUGCUGAGGCUGAGAUUGUCUGAGACAGCAGUGGCAGAGAGAGAUGGCGAUAGACUCAGAUCAUGGAGCUUUCGUGGAGAAAUUCCUUCUUCGACCGCCGUCUUCGUCACCUGACCUUCCUCUGAGCGGUCUCACCUUUGCUACCAAGGACAUAUUUGAUGUGGCUGGACGUGUGACUGGGUUUGGGAAUCCUGAUUGGGCGAGGACUCACCCGGCUGCUGAAUCAACAGCUCCGGUUGUAUCGGCAAUUUUGAGUGGAGGUGCCACAAGUAUUGGUAUAACUGUCACGGCUGAAAUGGCAUACAGUUUAGAUGGAGAGAACAAGCAUUAUGGCACACCCAAAAAUCCGUGCGCACCAGAUAGGGUGCCGGGAGGCUCUUCUAGCGGUUCUGCUGUUGCCGUAGCUGCAGGCCUCGCAGAUUUUUCCUUAGGAACCGACACUGGAGGAAGUGUAAGAGUUCCUGCUUCAUAUUGUGGAAUUUUUGGGUUUCGGCCAUCUCAUGGUGUCAUUUCUACUUCUGGAGUUACUCCUCUGGCACAAAGUUUCGAUACAGUGGGAUGGUUUGCAAGGAAUCCUGCGAUUUUGAAUAGAGUUGGACGAGUGUUACUCCAAUUGCCUGAUACGGGUCCUGUCGUACCCACUCAGUUAAUCAUCGCAGAAGACUGUUUCCAGAUUUCAAGUGUUCCAAGCAGUCGAGUGAAACAAGUACUUGUUGACUCAGUUGAGAAGUUAUUUGGGGGUCAUGUCAUAAAAUAUGCUAACCUCGGGGACGUUGUCAAGGACAAAGUUCCAAGCUUGAAGUCUUUCUUGGAUGAAGGAAAUCCAAGUGAAGAGUACAUUAUACCGUCAUUGGCAGCCCUAUCAACCGCCUUUCAACUUCUCGUAAGGUAUGAAUUCAAGAGCAACCAUGGUGAAUGGGUUAGUACAGUCAGACCUGACUUAGGUCCCGGGAUAGCAGAACGUGUAUGGGCAGCUGUUCGGUCAACAGAUGAAAAUGUCGAUGUUUGUCACUCCGUGAUGAAUGAAUCACGCGCUGCUCUUACCGACCUUCUCGGGGAUUUCGGUGUCCUCGCAAUGCCUACAGUUCCAGGGGAUCCACCAAAGCUGCAAACAGAUCCUACUACACUGGAAGGUGUUCAUGCCAGGGCUUUCAGCUUCCUAUCCAUUGCCGUAGUUUCCGGAUUCUGCCAGGUGAGUAUACCACUAGGGAUGUGCGAUAACCUGCCUGUUUCAGUUUCCUUGCUGGCAAAGCAUGGUUCGGAUGGGUUCCUGCUCAAUCUUGUGGAGACUCUUUACGACACUCUCAAAGAACACGUCGGGAAGUUGUGAAUGUUGAGUACAAGAUUUUGAGUUGCAGAUUCUGAUAAUCUUUUCCUAAUAUACGUGCUUGUAAGUUCUGCCAGUUUAGUAUUGUUAUGUUUAAAAAAAAAAAAAAAAAAAAAACGUUUCUGCUGUAUUUUGAGAAUAAACUGUUGUAAAAUAAAGUUGUUGACGAUUUGAUAAACCUUUAUUGUAAAAGUACUUGUAAAAAAAAUAAAAAAAUAAAAAAAAGUAUCUAAUUGUUUUGUAAA